UUCUGCCACUACCGGAAGUCCCUCCUCCAUAGUGGUGUAGUGGAAAUCGUCUGUCAUCUGUUUCAGAAAUGAGUGUGAGGAGAAGAGGUGGGAAGCCCAAUAGAGGAGGGGGCAGAUUUAACAAGCCAAGAGGAGGUGGAGGUAGCAGGAAAGGAGCAACCAACUCCUGGGAUGAUGAUGACAAUUUCAGCCUUUAUUUGGGGCCUCCUCGUUCUAACAAAUCUAAUUUAGGCCAAGGACAAGGUGGAAAGAAUGGUAGUCGAGGAAGGGGAGGUCAGGGUCGAGAUGGGAGAAGUGGUGGCAAGGCUCUGCCCAGGUCACUGAUAAUGAACAGACCAAGCCAAAGGCUGGCUGACUUUAAGCCGGAGAUGAUGAGCACCAUGCCCUUGCAAAAGAUUUUCAUGACUAAUGAGAACCAGGAACUACUGAAGGAACUGUUAAGGGAUCUGCAUACUCCUGAUUCAGAUGAGCGGUAUGAUGAAUCUGGCUCUGAUUAUUUGGAAGAAGAGGAGGAGGAAUACGAUGAGCUGGAUCACCGUGAAGAAGGCCAGUUUUGGAUCACCAAUGACGAGCCUGUGGAGAGAGCUGAGAGUCCAGUAUAUGACUCAGAAUCUGACAGUGAACAGCCCAAACCUGAACCUGUUAUUUCCUUAUUUGCUGUAGGAAAACUCUGCAGGUAUGGGUUUGACAGAGAAAGGAGCAGGCUAGCCCUGCAAUCUGGUGGAGGGGAAUAUGGAUCAACUUUAGAACAACUCCUCUACCAGGUGUUCAGUGAGCGCUUUGGCCAGAAAGCCGUUUUCCCUGAUGGCCUUAAUGUGGUGCCCUUGGAUGAGUGUGUGAGCCAAAGGCAGGAAGAAGCCAUGGCCCUCACUGCCAUUUACGGCGAGCGUUUCAGUGAGCGCAUUUCCAAUGAAGUUUGGACCGUAGCUCUGAAUCUCUCAUUCCUUUCUGACAAGCAUAUUGAGCGCAGUCUGGAUGGUUGGAAUCGAAAUGCACCAAAUGCCAAAUCCGUCAACACGGCUGACAUUUGCAGAUUCUACCUGAGAGGGAAAGGCUGUCGGUUUGGGGACAAAUGCAAGCUCAAACACCAACCACCCUCCAAAGGGGUUCCUGGGGCAGGUCCCCCAGACAUGAUGGGCCCAAGCCAGCCUGGGUUCAGCAGUUAUUCUCCUCCUGAAUAUGAACUAGUGGUUCGAUUCCCUAAAGGAAACCGUUACCCGUUUCAGGCCCCAAUAGUAGCCUUCAGCACCAAUGAUGAGACUCUGGGAGCUGCAGGGAGGCUCAACGUGACAGAAAGAUUGUUUGAAGAGGCACUGGCUGCAGCAAAAUGUAGUGAGCCGGUUGUUUUCGCACUGGUUACUUUGUGCGAGGAUGAAGCGGUCAUGAAAGAACUGUUGGCUGCCAGUCAUCAUAAAUACAGCACGCCGCUGCCUGUUGUGGUCGUUCCUUCAGUUACUACAGCAAAAAGUAAACCUGAGAGAAGCAGCACAUCUGAAGAAUACAGGCGUAGUAAGACUGUACCAAAUAAAGCCAACAGCCAGAGAUGCGUAGAUGAAGUUAAAGAGGCUAGAGAGCAAGAGGAGAUGGAUGAGAAAGACGAAGAUGAUGAUGAUGAUCAAGCUGUUCCUGUUGAGAGCGAGAGUUAUGUCAAUCUGAGGAAGACGAUGGUGAAGAAGCACAAGCUGAACAUGGACAACCUGCUGCAGGAAAACGGCAAACUCUGCCAAGAGUUCAAGAAGAAAUGGUCGUCCAAGUGUUUCAGGUCCAUGCUGGACCAGAGGAAUAAACUACCAGCCUGGGAGGAAAAAGACAGAAUCCUGGACCUGUUAGACCAGUACCAGGUGCUUGUGGUCAGUGGAAUGACUGGAUGUGGUAAGACAACCCAGAUCCCUCAGUUCAUUCUGGAUUCGUCAUUAAGUGGGCCUGCAGCGCAGGUGGCCAAUAUUAUCUGCACUCAACCACGACGCAUCUCUGCCAUCUCUGUGGCACAGAGAGUGGCACAGGAACGCGCAGAGCGUUUGGGCAACUCGGUGGGCUACCAAAUCCGCCUGGAAACCGUCAGGUCGCCUUCCACUCGGCUGCUGUACUGCACCACUGGUGUGCUACUCAGGAGGCUGGAGGGUGAGGUGGACCUCAAAGGAGUCACACACGUCAUUGUGGAUGAGGUGCAUGAGCGCACAGAGGAGAGUGACUUUCUGCUGUUGGUGCUCAGAGAUUUGAUGGUCCGAAGGUCGGACCUCAAGGUCAUUCUAAUGAGCGCUACACUUAAUGCCAACCUCUUCUGUCAGUAUUUCAAUCACUGUCCUUCUGUGCACAUACCAGGGCGAACGUUUCCUGUUGAUCAGUUUUUCCUUGAAGAUUCAAUUGCUAAAACGGGCUAUGUGAUCGAGGAUGGCAGCCCGUACAUGCGCUCAGGUAAACGGAAUUCAUCUUCCAUGAGUGGACGAGGGAGCAAAGGCAUGCCGAGGAACGUGGUGGAUGACUUGGAUGAUGAAAUGUGGAACUUCAUGUCUUUCUGUAAGAAGGAUUUUAUCAAAGACUCCAUCCCAGACCAGCAGCUCAGCCUGGAGGACCUCAAAAUCCGUUACAAAGAUACCAAGACGCCCGUGCUGAAGACGAUUGCUGCGAUGGACCUGGAGAAGAUCAACAUGGACCUGGUGGAGAACUUGCUGGAAUGGAUUGUCGAUGGAAAGCAUGACUAUCCCCCAGGGGCAGUGCUGGUGUUUAUGCCGGGCCUAGCUGAAAUAAAGAUGCUGUAUGAGCAGCUUCAGUCUAACAGACUGUUCAACAACCGCGGCAAAACUAGGUGUGUGGUUUACCCACUCCAUUCAACCUUAUCCAAUGAGGAGCAGCAGGCGGUUUUUAGCAAACCUCCAGAAGGCGUCACCAAGAUCAUCAUCUCUACCAACAUCGCCGAGACAUCUGUAACCAUUGAUGACAUCGUCUAUGUGAUUGACUCAGGCAAGAUGAAAGAGAAAAGAUACGAUGCAUCGAAAAGCAUGGAAAGUCUUGAGGACUCCUGGGUUUCUCGGGCCAACGCCCAGCAGAGAAAAGGCCGAGCAGGUCGCGUGGCUUCGGGGGUUUGUUUCCAUUUGUUCACCAGCCACUGCUUCCAUCAUCAGCUGGUUGAGCAACAGCUGCCUGAGAUCCAGAGAGUGCCUCUGGAGCAGCUUUGCCUGCGAAUCAAGAUCCUGGACAUGUUUGCUGAGGAGACGCUGGAGUCAGUUUUCUCAAGCCUCAUUGAGCCUCCAGCUACAGGAAGCUUGGAUGCAGCCAAGCAGCGCCUCCAGGAUUUGGGAGCCCUAACUGCAGAUGAGAAGCUGACCCCUUUGGGUUAUCACCUGGCUUGCCUGCCUGUGGAUGUGCGCAUUGGGAAACUCAUGCUAUUUGGCGCUAUCUUUCGCUGUCUCGAUCCAGCACUCACCAUCGCUGCCAGUCUGGCCUUCAAGUCACCGUUUGUGUCUCCGUGGGAUAAGCGAGAGGAAGCCAAUGAGAAGAAACACAGUUUUGCCCUGGCCAGUAGUGACCACUUAGCUUUGUUACAGGCGUAUAAGGGAUGGUGCAGCGCUGCAAGGAACAGUAACCAGGCUGGUUUCCGUUAUUGCAGAGAGAAUUUCCUGUCUUGGCGUGGCUUACAGGAAAUUGCCAGUCUGAAAAGACAGUUUGCAGAGCUGCUGUCUGAUAUCGGUUUCAUCAAAGAGGGACUGAGGGCCAGAAUUAUUGAGAGGAUGAGCUCCAGGGGUACUGAUGGGGUUCUGGAGGCUACUGGCCCUGAGGCUAACCUCAACGCGGACAACAUCCGUUUAAUGUCUGCCAUGCUGUGUGCUGCCCUCUAUCCCAAUGUGGUGCAGGUGCGCACCCCUCAGGAGAAUUACAAGCUGACCAGCAAAGGCGCGAUGAAGAUGCAACCUAAAGCCAAUGAACUCCGCUUCAUGACAAAGAACGACGGCUGCGUGCACGUGCACCCAUCCUCUGUCAACUACACAGUUCGCCACUACGACAGCCCCUACCUUGUUUACCACGAGAAGGUGAAGACGAGCCGCGUCUUCAUCAGGGAUUGCAGCAUGGUGUCCGUGUACUCACUGGUACUGUUUGGAGGUGGACAGGUCAACGUGGACCUGCACAGGGAAGAGCAUGUCAUCUCUCUAGAUGAUGGCUGGAUCCGAUUUGCUGCUGCCUCUUACCAGGUGGCUGAUCUGGUGAAGGAGCUUCGCUGUGAAAUGGACCAGUUGCUGGAGGAUAAGAUCCGAAACCCGAGCAUGGACCUCUGUAACUGCCCCCGCGGCUCACGCAUCAUCCACAUGAUUGUACAGCUCAUCUCAACACAGUAGCUGUGCUUCGAGUAUUUAACUGACCCACAUGUUCCUCUUGAGGAAACUGUCAACUAAAAGACCUCUAACAAAGCCAAACAUUUGAAGAGACAUCCUCUGGAUGGACACUCAAGUUUACCAUCUUGUGCUCACCUCAAACUUUUUUGUAAAGUUUACAAAAGCAAAGAUGCUGCUGUACUGCUGCAGAUUUUGUCUUGCAAAAAGGUGAAAAUGCAUAAACUCUACAAAACUCAGUGCUCUGGGGGGCAGUGAAGUGACUAGGUGCCCUCCUCCACAAAAGAAAAGUUCCUUCUCAAUGCCACAUAGUACGACUUACAUGCAAUCAUGGAGCACGAUUGUUGAAUGUGGACAAAACCUAUCUUGCAAACGUUGCAUUAUUGUUUUGGGUUGUGCAUCAACUCAGAAUUGAGCAUUUGCUCUGCUCCAUAUUGGAUGUUCAACUGAAAGUGGAGUGGCUACUUGGUGUAAGUGUGCAUGUUUUUUGUAAUGCAUUACUAACAACUGCAUAGUUCUGGUGUCCUCGAGAUCUAGUAUUUCAGAAUGUAUAUUUUUUUAUCUUGCAGUGAUGUCAAAUUUCAAUUUCACAAUGUGAAUGUGAGGGCUUUUAAAUGUGGAGAAUAUGGUGAUAUUUUGCAACCUAACUUCAAAACAUGAAAUUAAAAAUAGAACGAAGAUUG